GGGCCCUCGGUUCUCCCGCAGCGAGCUCAGCCAGCAUCAUGGGGAUUCAGGGCCUGCUCCAAUUUAUCAAGGAGGCCGCGGAACCUACCCAUGUGAAGAAAUACAAAGGGCAGACGGUAGCUGUAGACACGUACUGCUGGCUGCACAAAGGCGCUUAUGCUUGUGCUGAGAAGCUGGUCCGAGGAGAGCCAACAGAUGUUUAUGUAGCUUUUUGUAUGAAACUUGUUGAUAUGCUCCUCUCAUUUGGAAUUAUACCAAUUUUGGUAUUUGAUGGAUGCACCCUGCCUUCUAAGAAGGAAGUGGAAAAGGCCCGACGAGAGAAGCGUCAAGCCAGUCUUCUGAAGGGGAAAAAAUUGUUGCAGGAAGGGAGACUGUCAGAAGCUAGAGAGUGUUUUGGGCGCAGUGUAAAUGUUACCCAUGCUAUGGCUCAUGAAGUUAUUAAAGCUGCACGAGCCCGGGGAGUUGACUGCAUUGUUGCUCCUUACGAAGCUGAUGCUCAGUUGGCUUAUCUUAAUAAGACUGGCAUUGUUCAAGCUAUAAUUACUGAAGACUCUGAUCUUUUAGCUUUUGGAUGUAAAAAGGUGUUUCUGAAAAUUGACAAGUUUGGAAACGGGCUAGAGAUAGAUCAAGCUCGACUAGGGAACUGCAAGCAGCUUGGAAAUGUGUUUACAGAAGAGAAAUUCCGCUACAUGUGUAUUCUUUCUGGUUGUGACUACCUCUCAUCGAUUCAUGGAAUUGGGUUAGCUAAAGCAUGCAAGUUACUAAAAUUAGCCAACAAUCCAGAUAUUAUAAAGGUUAUUAAGAAAAUGGGACAGUACUUGAAGAUGAAUAUAACAGUACCAGAAGAAUACAUACAGGGUUUUACACGAGCCAAUAAUACAUUCCUUUAUCAGUUAGUUUUUGAUCCUGUCAACAGAAAAUUAGUUCCUCUGAAUCCAUAUGAAGAUGAUAUUGAUCCAGAAACACUAAUUUAUGCAGGACGGCAUUUUGGUGAUGGUACUGCUUUUCAAAUUGCCAUUGGCAACGUUGAUAUCAACACAAUGGAACAAACUGAUAAUUAUAACCCUGACACUGCACAGCCUGUGCGGCAGAAAAGUUGUGACUGGAAUGAGAGGCCUGCUAAUCAUGUAAAUAGCAUUUGGAGCAGAGACUAUAAGCUUGGCCCUAAUGCAGAUACUGUUCCUCAUGAAACGCAUUUACUAGAGAAACCAACAACCAAAGGCAUGGAGAAGAUAAUUAGUGUUAAAGGGCUAAAACUUCCAGGCAAAGAGCUCUUGGCAAAAAGGCAAAGGAGUGAAGAAAUCUCUGAUGGAGAUCUGUUGAGCCAAUAUUCAUUUUCAAAAGCAAAAAAAAUCAAGGAGAGUGAUUGUGAUGGCCAGACACAAAAGAAUGUCUCAGCAAUACAAAGCCUCGAUUCCUCAGGGAAUUCUGUCACUCAGGAAAGCUCUAACUCUCUGCCCCGAGUUAGAAAUAAAUUUGCUUCCUUUCUACAAAGGAAAAACAAAGAGAAGGAUGCCGUAAUUGUUCCAGGAACGAGAAGCAGGUUUUUCUGCAAUGAUGCAAUUAUGUUUGACAGUAAAGCAAAGGAGGAUGACCAUGAUCUAACUCAAGAUACUGAUAAGGAUUGCCAGAAACAGGAAGUAGAACAUGUAGAAGAUGUUUCCCAGAUUUCAGAAACUGAAAAAUCAACAAGGACUAUCUUUACAUCUCCUGGAGAAACGCAACAAAACUGCUUCCGGUGGUUUAGCAGCCUUAUAAAUUCAGGAAAUCAUGGUCCAUCUCGUACUGUAUUUUCACAGCAGUUUCACCAACAGAGAAGCAGCUGCAAGAUAUCGCAGGAAGAUCAGAUUGAUGAUGUACAAAAAGAGACUGGGGCAGUGUGUGGCGAAUCUGAGGAAGGAUCUUUCCCCUUAACAGAACUGGAACAGUCAUCACAGUCUCAAAGGUCUUGUAAGCAAUCAGAAUGCAGUUUGAAGUCUUCAGAAAUACCACAUGUCUCUAACAACAGUUCAGAUGUGGAAGAAUCUGACUCCAAUUCAAAACUGGCUAAAUACCAAUGUACUCGGUCUCCAGUAUUUUCUGCUCUUCAAGCUGACAGAAAAAAUACUAUCAUAAAGAGCAAGGUUCCUGGUUUACGUAAAUCCAGUUGUAUAGGGUCGCGUAUUGUACCAAAGCUCAAGCCAUUAAUACCAGCUAAAGUAAGUGGAUUAAGUAGGAAACUGUCACCUGUGCAAAAGAGAAAUCACUGUGAUGCUGAAAAUACACUGGGAUUGCAAGCCACCAUUAGUGAACUCUGGAAAAACUUCCAGUUUAAAAGAGAAUAUGAAAAACUUCCUUCUUGUAGAAAGUCAGAUCCAUUGUCUCCAAUCAAAGAUAAUAUACAGCUUACUCCAGAAACAGAAGAAGAAAUCUUUAAUCAUCUGGAACAUAGUCAUGUUCAGAGGGCUAUAUUCCAAUGACCUGUAUGCUGUGCAUAAUAGGGUGCAUUUUUUAUCAUUGCAAAAAUUUACCUGCUGGAUAUUUCAUACAUAUAGAAAAGAUUCUUUGAAAACCAACUAUAUUUUAGGCUGACUAGUGAUUUGUCAUCUUUUUUUAUAGAAGUGUGAAUUGAAAAGUACAGUUUUAUACUGACUGUAAUAAAAUCCUUCAGAUGCCUAUGUUCUCUUA